UCGUGCGUUUUUUUGUACGCAUGCCGAAAAGAAAAAAAAACAUUUUUAUCAGUAAAUUUAAGAAAAGUUUACGUGUCAGCAAAUUUCGAACAAACUAAAUGGCUAAUUCACUCUGUCAAUUGUUCACACAAAUGGAAUUCGACAAGGAUGUUAGCGCAAAAGCAAAGAAAGUCUUCUCCGAUGCCCAGGAAGUUCAGAGAUCAAAGGUCGGUGAUUUCCACUGCUAUAAAUUAAAGGGAAAGUCUGACGAUCCAUUUGGAGACGUUGUCAGCUCCAUCAAGAGUAAUCUCGAUGUCCUAGCGGAACUCGAGGAAUUGGCGGAAAUUGCUCCUAAACAUGUGACAAAGAAUCACAUCCGGAAGGCUCUUGAGAUAGCUGGACACUAUGGGCAAUUUUCCUACAGAUAUCCCGGUGUUACUCAGGAAUUUGUCUGGACGAAGGAGCUGUCAAUCUUUGAAAUCAUUUUGGAUUUCCUGUCAUCCCUACAGGCUGGUGAAGCGCUCCAGAUUAGGGUACAUCCUUGCCGGAUGGCUCUCUUUCUCUUUCUCUCUGCCCCCCUUGCAGCUGAGUGUAUCGAAGAAGAACUGCCGACUCUUCAGGAAGACAAGAAACAUUUUGGGACGCUCCUGGUUACGGAAUUUAGUGAUUUGCAGUCAGCUUCGGAUGUACUUGCAGAGUCCUUUAGUGACAACACAUCUCCAUGGAAAAUAAGAAAUCUCCUGCUGCAGGAGAGUGUUGAGGAAAAAUUUCUAGAAUUGGUGAUGCCAAAGCUUGAAAAGUAUCCCCAAGUUUACUUGUCCAGUCAGGAAUUUCAUGAUAAUUUCAAAGGUGCCAUCACUACUGCAACAAAGAUGAGCCUUAAGCUCUUUAGCAACCCGAAAGAUGAGGGGGAUGUGAAACCAACAAUUGUUCUUGGUCAGAAUAGGUCAUAUUUCGACAAACCAGGAAGUGAUCCAGCUCCUAUCGUUGUGAUGAAUAUCUUCCGGACAGUUAAGGAGGGCAUUGGGAUGGCGAAUGCCUUUAAUGGUGGAUCAGUGUCUGUGUGGUGUGAGAAGCUCUCUAUUGCCUAUGAGAUUGCCCAUGGUCUCAAUGUGCCCAUCGUGUGGAUAAAUUCUCUGGCAAAGUUUACCCCAGAAGUUCCAUUCUCUUUCAUCUUUGGUGGUAUCACGUACGGAUCGGAGAUUGCUGUGCUCGAGAAAAUGCUCUUCCAAAAGCGCUACGGACGCAACAAUGUAAUUUCCCCGGAAGACCUUAAAACCUUCUGUAACUACUCCCCAGUGUCCCUCAUCGUGGGAGGAAAAUAUCACUUUGAAUGCCUUACCAGUGCUCUCCAGUCAGCUCAUCUGGUGCAGUCGAACCUCAUAAAAAUCAGCACUGAUGACACCAAAAAUCGCUUCCGGGAGAUCCUGUCGUCGUGCACACGAGUCAAAUGCCAGAAUCUCGCCAGUGUCUACACCCAGAGGAAGACGAUUGUGUUCCCAUUUGGUGAAACUUUUGCCAAUUGA